CGGCAAACAGGGAGAAAAGGUGUGUCUGCAGUGAUGCAGGUUUACUUCUGACAGUGAUCUGUGAAGAUGAUGAGUGGUCUGGAGGAAGAGGAGGACAGAGCAGGGUCUCCAGUCCCCAGCUGUUGGUCUAUGAAGAGUGACCAGUCCAAAGAAUUUCCUCUGUUCUUCAGUAAUGAACCUGGACGCUCAGACACACAAGGGAGGAAGAGGAGUGAUGUCUCUGUGGAGGAGCAGCUGUCCUGCUGUGCUCUGUGUCAGUACAUCCUGAAGGAUCCAGUCUCUACCAGCUGUGGACACUGGUUCUGCAGACAGUGCUUCACCUCAUACUGGGACCAGUCUGGUUCUUCAGGAGACUCCUCCUGUCCCCAGUGUGGAAAAAGACCCAGAACAAGACCUGGACUGCAGACAGCCCGUCAGACCAGCACUGAACAAAAUAGUGGUCUGCAGGAGGUUUUACAUCAACAUAAGAUCAGUCUGAGGAGCAGAUGUGAACAUGUGACUGAAGGAACUGAUGGAACAGGAAGUGGAACCCUCCUCAACAGGAUCUACACUGAGCUCCACAUCACAGAGGGACAGAGUGAAGAGGUUAAUACCCAACAUGAGGUGAGGCAGCUGGAGACAACUUCCAAGAUGGAGACCCUCCAUGACGCUCCAAUCAGGUGCCACGACAUCUUUAAAGUCUUACCUGACCAGCAGAGACCCAUCAGAGUGGUUCUGACCAACGGCGUCGCUGGCGUUGGAAAAACCUUCUCAGUGCAGAAGUUCUCUCUGGACUGGGCAGAGGGCUUGGAGAACCAAGAUGUCAGUCUGCUGGUUCUGCUUUCGUUCAGGGAGCUGAACCUGAUCAGAGAUCAGCAGUACAGUCUUCUCAGGCUGCUCCAUGUUUUCCAUCCAACAUUACAGAAGGUCACAGCAGAGCAGCUCGCUGUCUGUAAAGUUCUGUUCAUCUUUGACGGCCUGGAUGAAAGCAGACUGUCACUGGAUUUCAAUAACAGGGAGGUUGUGUCUGAUGUCACACAGGAGUCAUCAGUCAACGUGCUGCUGACAAACCUCAUCAGGGGGAAUCUGCUUCCCUCGGCUCUCGUCUGGAUAACUUCCAGACCUGCGGCGGCCAAUCAGAUCCCUCCUACAUGUGUGGACAGGGUAACAGAAGUACGAGGCUUCACUGACGCCCAGAAGGAGGAGUACUUCAGGAGGAGAUCCAGUGAUGAAGAGCUGUCCAGCAGAAUCAUCUCACACAUCAAGACGUCCAGGAGCCUCCACAUCAUGUGUCAAGUCCCAGUCUUCUGCUGGAUCACUGCUACAGUUCUGGAGCACAUGUUGACCACAGACCAGAGAGGAGAGCUGCCCCAGACCCUGACUGACCUGUUCUCACACUUCCUGCUGGUUCAGACACAGAGGAAGAAGAACAAGUACCAUGAGGGACGUGAGACGAGUCCACAGGAGCUGACGGAGGCUGACGGGGAAGUUCUUCUGAAGCUGGGGAGGCUGGCGUUUGAACAUCUGGAGAAAGGAAAGAUCAUAUUCUACCAAGAAGACCUGGAGCAGUGUGGUCUUGAUGUCACAGAGGCCUCGGUGUACUCAGGACUUUGUACUGAGAUCUUCAGAAGAGAGAGUGUGAUCUUCCAGAAAACAGUCUACUGCUUUGUUCAUCUGAGCGUUCAGGAGUUUCUGGCUGCAGUCUACAUGUUCCACUGUUACACCAACAGGAAGACUGAGGUCCUGAAGGGCUUCCGAAAAGAUGUGGUUGAUGAUGAUUCAUUCAGCGACACUGACUAUUACUCAUCAAUAGACGAGUUUCUGAUGGCAGCCAUAGAGAAAUCCUUCAGAAGUAAAACUGGUCACCUGGACCUGUUUGUUCGCUUCCUUCAUGGCCUCUCUCUGGAGUCCAACCAGAGACUCUUAGGAGGUCUGCUGGGUCACACAGAGAACAGUCCACAAACCAUCCAGAGAGCCAUCACCAACCUGAAGAGGAAGAGGCCAAAAAUCUCUCCUGACAGAAGCAUCAACAUCUUCCACUGUCUGACGGAGAUGAAGGAUCACUCAGUUCAUCAGGAGAUCCAAGAGUUCCUGAAGUCAGAGAACAGAUCAGAGGAGAGACUCUCUCUGAUCCACUGCUCAGCUCUGGCCUACAUGCUGCAGAUGUCAGAGCAGGUUCUGGAUGAGUUGGACCUGAAGGAGUACAACACAUCAGAGGAGGGACGACAGAGACUGAUCCCAGCUGUGAGGAACUGCAGGAAGGCUCGGUUUGCUGGUUGUGGACUCUCAGAGACUCACUGUGAAGUCGUGGCCUCAGCUCUGAAGUCCAACCCCUCCCACCUGAGACACCUGGACCUGAGUGACACCAGGCUGCAGGAUUCAGGAUUGUCAGAGCAGCAGGGAGCUCUCAGCAGUUUCUCCCUUCAGUCAGUUCAGGCCCUGAACAUCAGUCUUAUAAUGGUAGAGAAAACUCUGUAG